AUGUCCUCGGAGCAGGCAGAAGUCAGGGUCGGGCGCUGCUGCCUCCCCACGGCUGCCCACGCUCACCCCACCAGCAGAGCACUUGAUGAGGAGACCUACAUCUUCCAAGAGCCCCAAGGGAGGGCACAGACCAUCUGCCCCCGCAAAUGGAUCCACCACAGGGGCAACUGCUACGGGUACUUCACCCAGAGGAAAACUCAGGCCCAGGCGGAGGAGGAAUGCAGCCGCUACGGCCCCAUGGCGACCCUGGCGUCCAUCCACUCCGAGGGGAGCAGCAUCGUCCUGGGCGAGUACGUGGCCUCCCAGGAGGAUGGAGCAUAUGUCUGGAUUGGCCUGAAGGACGAGGAGCGUAACGGGCGAUGGAAAUGGUCGGAUAACUCGGUCCUGGACUACCUGCACUGGGGCAGCUAUCAGCCCAGUUACUCGGGGUACUGCGUGGCCCUCGGGAAUAGCAGAGGUUUCGAGUAUUGGUACAACUACCCCUGCUCGUACCAGUUCCCCUUCCUCUGCCAGUACCAGGCGUGA